GUGUAAUUACUCUACACUUCACCCAGCCCUACCUACCCACCUUGUUCCUCUCUCUCACACAACCCAAACAACCACCGGCCUCACGACACCCCCUGAGAUCCGAACCCCUACGCCCUUGCAACUUCAUCGCUACAGUUCCCCAUAGCCGAUGAUGAUGAUGAUGGUCAUCCAGAUCCGCAAGUAGAAGUGGUAGCCAUCCAGAUCCGCAACUUCAUCACAGGCGUUCGACCACCGUUGGCCACCACCCCUCUACUUUAUCGCCGCCCACCUCACCCCAAACCGACACCACCACUGGUAGCCAUCCAGAUCCGCAAGUAGAAGUGGCGGCGACACAUUAGAAGAUUCAAGUUCUUGAGCAAAGGCGAUAACAAAUACGUAGCUACUCAUUCCUUCAUUUAAAGAAACUUUAGCAAGAACGUCUAAUCCUGCAUAUCCCAGUUGCAGACAUAUAACAAAUGAGUGAAAUGUUUAGAAAGGGGAAGUCCCUUAUUCUUGUUAUAUGUUUGCAAUUCGGGUUUGCGGGAAUGGAUGUUCUUGCUUUGAAUGAUGGGAUAGUAGCUAUGUAUUUGUUGUUUAUCGCCUUCAUUGUUAUGGCCCCUUUCGCCAUUGUUCUGGGCAGGUCUCUCUCUCCCUCCCUCCCUCACAUGAUUUCAUCGUUAUUUCUGAAAUGUACAAUGGGUUAGAUCUGCGACACUUCGUCAAGGGCGCUAUUAUGAUCGUAGUCGGAUGUUUCAGUUGGUCUUGCUGCAUGGUUCUACAAGGAAUUACGCUAAAGCCAUGUCCGGCUGAGCUGGCUAUGACUACUUGGAUAUGCUUGUCGGCGACAGUUGAGGGCGCUAUAGUGGCGUUGAUCAUGGAGCGGACACCACAUUUCUAGCAACACUCUACUCUACUGUGUAACGAUCUCUAAUUACAUUAAUACAAACACACACAUAUAAAUAAAAAGUUCAUAAUUAUCAAUAUCAAAAGGCUAAAUAAAUAUCUCAUGGAAGCGCUUGGCAGCACACCGAUUUGCUAUCCAUAUAUCUAGAGAUGGUGAAAUAGGCGGGUUGGACAGUUCGUGUAACAAGUAAAAAAUGGUAAAUAUUUUAUACAGCUGGGUUGACCCAAAACACUUUUUUGUCGAAUGUUGGUACCGGUACCAAAAAUGAUUGGUACGGUAUUUCGAGGUAAAAUACCGGUACUGUACCGAAUCGAAAGUACCGAUCCAAUCCGAAACGCCAAAUAGUUGAUACCGAAUUUUAAAUAGUAUGGUAUCAUUUGGUACCGGUACCAAAAUGUUCAUCUCUACUUGAUUUACAUGUUAUUUUUUAUUUUUAUGAAAAUGUGCCGACUUUUCAAACAGGGCAGAGAGGGUAAGAGUCGCUCAAAGAGUGUGAUUUGAGUAAUGUUCUCUUUACUUAAUAUUGUGUCGAAUUGGGUAAUGCUUAUUUUUCCAAACGGGUCAAAUAAGGCAAAAGUUGCGCAAAGUUUUUUUUUUUUUUAGUUUUUAAUGGGUCAAUUUGAGUAAUGUUUUGGCUGUUGGUUAUGUUGGUUUUGGUAAUGUUCUUGCUACUUAUAAGUAGAAACAUUGUGUUUUUAAUUGGUUGAUUUAGGUAAUCUUCAUCUUUUGAAACGGGUGAAAUCAAAAUUUACUUAAAGGAAAAUCAUCAAACAAAAGUAAAAGUCAUUCAGAGUGUAACUUUGAUCCAUACAGUUAUUUAUUAGAUCAUUUGAUUACGAUUCAGUUCGUAUCAUAAUAAUGUUGUAUCAUCAUUUAAUCCACCAGAAGAUGUGAUAUUGUUUUCGCUAUUCACAAACGGAACUCUCAUAGAUAAACCGCUACUAUCAGUUUUGCAUGUUGACGUAAUGACAUCCUCAUGAACCGGUUUAUAACCCAAUCCCGAUCGAUUUGACCAGUUCAAACAUUUUCCUCAUGAACCGGUUUAUAACCCGGACCAGGUUUUUACAUGGUUUUUAUUUUUUGUUCACCAACCAUGUUUCGCUUUAUAACCCUAACCGUUAAAAUAAAAACGGAUUUUUAACCCUAACCAUGUAGUGUCGAUCUAGAAAUUUAAGUUAUUUAUAUAAUUAACUACAAAACUAAUCAAUUGAAUUCGUGCAAAAGGACACCGCUGAAACAUGGCAUCAACAUAAAUGACAAAACAUGUAAUUUUUUUCAAACCGAGUGUAAAUAACUUCUUGCUUCUCAACAUUAGUCAUAACUUUCAUAAACAUGAGAGCGUCAAGUCUCUUAAGGUGUGCUUGGUUCACAGUCUCUCAAAUGUGUCACACAAAUAAAUUUUAUAUUUUCUUUAUAUGAUCAAAACUUGUCAUUAUUUUAAGUGAAAGCACAUCCAAACAUUAUAUUAUACACCACAUUUUACUAUAGGUCAUUAACGAAUUUGGAAAAAGCAAUGCGUGCACAAUUGGUCAUUAAGAGCCACUAUUCAGUGCUUCCUAAUGGAAGAUAAGGGUGUUAGUCGUGUUGAUUAUACCAUAUAUUCACCAUCCCAUGACAUUAUUUAGUGAUUAAUAAGAUGUGAAAAAAAAAGUCAAAAAAAAAAAAAGUCACCUUCACUUUUCACGUUAAAGGUAUUUUAUAUUUGAUCUUUACACUACAUUCAAAACUAAAAAUCUCACCAGUUAUUACAAAGCUGAGGAAAUAGUAACAAUGUACACCAUCCGAAUCGGAUAUAUUCAUUGAAGCAAAGUCAAUCACCAACCAAUUUUGAUAACUCGCCACAUAUGAUACUAAAAAAAUAGAAUUGAUGGUUCGGUUAUGUUUUUUUUUAGAUUGUUUUUUUUUUUUUUUAUCAUCAAUCAUAUAAUGUUGGUUUUAGUUAUAUACAUUUACAAAACAAAAGUAACCAAAUCAAGCUACGUAUCAUAUCUUUUUAGUAACACAAGGGAGGGAUCAUGAAAUAUCAAUAUGCAUGUGAAGAGAUACGGGCUCAGAUCCUUUGUGGGUUCAGGGCAAAUCCAAACUUACCAAGAAAACUAGUAAGGACAAACAACCCACGGGGACCACCGACCACACGUCACGUCACAUACACCAAGACAUUGGAGACAAAAAGGGACAUCCGGUGAUGUUUGACCAAUGAUGUUCUACGGAUCACUUCAUCUUUAAUCUCCACUAGUGAUUAUCGCAUGAGAGACAAAAGGACAGUUGAUAGCAAUGUCUAACCAAUCACGUUUCACGGAUUCCUGCUCCUCUUAACCUCCACUAACGCUUAUUAUAGAAGAGACCACAAGGACACCCUGAUAGCGAUUUCUAGCCAAUGACGUUUCGCGAAUACACACCCUCAUUUGCUGUCACUAACGACCAGCGUAGGGGGGACAAAAGGGAUAUCCUGAAAGCGACUUCUCAUCCAAUACCUUCUCACUAUCCCAGCUAUCACAGUUCUCCAUUAGGUGAAUUCAUUCAAUUCUCGGUGCUCCCACUCUCACUUUUACUCACUAAAGAGAUUGUUAUUCUCACGCCGGAGGGUAGUUACGAGAAACAACCCCUAAUCUCUCAUUUUCAUGACGAGCCUAACGUUGUUUUCAGUUUUUGAGAAUGAAUCACUAUCAAGAACUCACGGUGAUCAAAAGUUUCCCCAACUUUUUGAACCUAGUCCAAACUAUUAGUAAAUAUUUUGAAUGUAUUGUUUUGUAUCUAGUCAAUAGCAUACGGUUAGGCUUUGACCUAGUUUUAAGGAUCCUAUGUAUUCUAUAUAUUGUAACAAACAGUGAGGAAUGAAAGCAACGGAGAACUUUUCCAAAACUGACAUGGUAUCAGUGUAACCAUCUUCUCCAGCGCCGGCAACCUACUCUACUUCUAUUUUUUUUUUCAAUUCUUGCUUUCUUUCUUCCAAUGGAUCCUAAGCUUUACCCAGCAAUCACUGUCAACAACAUAAAGAACCUCAUCCCCAUCACUCUUGAAGUAGAAACUAGCCAAUAUGCCUCUUGGGCUGAGCUCUUCAAACUCCCGCGCUUAUGAAGUCAUCGAUCACCUGUCUCCUCGCCUUCAAACCAAACCUCCUGCUGCAUCCACAGAAGCAGGAAAAGAACCCGAUGACCAGUCUUCAUCCCCUGUCACUGGCGACGUUUGGAAAAGGCUUGACGCCAUCGUUCUACAAUGGAUCUACGGAACCAUAUCGACCGAUCUUCUCAGCACCAUCAUCCGUCCAGAUUCAACGGCUCACUAUGCAUGGACUGCCCUGAAAAGCAUCUUUCACGACAACCAGGCCACCCGGGCUGUGCUUCUCCAUCAGAAGUUUGUUAAUGUCAAACUUGACUCGUUUCCAUCCAUGGCUGCGUAUGUUCAAGAAGUCAAGGUUCUGUCCGAUCAACUGGCGAACGUUGGAUCGCCGGUCACUGAACAUACUCUUGUCAUACAACUUCUUACUGGUUUGAAUGAAGCAUACGGUGGUAUUGCCUCCAUUUUACAAAAUACCAAACCGUUUCCAACCUUUUACGAAGCGAGAUCUCAACUCAUUCUUGAAGAAACCACGAAGGCUAACCGGGUUUCUCAUGACACAGCCUUAAAUACCUCUCAUCAAUCCUCUCCUCCAUCAUUGCCGUCAAACCCCUCACCCCCUCCCGUUCACACCUACACCCGUGGUCGUGGUCGUGGUCGCGGACGUGGUCACGGCCGUGGCCGGGGCAGAAACCCUUCCCCAUCAUGGACCCCUUUCUCCUUCUCCACAAUGGCCUCAAUACCCGUGGACUGCCCACCCUCAACCAACUUCUGCCGUCCAAUCUUCUCCUUGGUUUGGAUCAUCUCCCACAUACUUUUGGCCUCCUCCACCUUGCCCCUACCCCACAUCACAACCACCUCGCCCUACCCCUCCCAACGCUCAACCAGGUCUGUUAGGACCACGUCCUCAGCAGCCCCAAACUCCACAGGCUUACCAUGCAUCAGCCACCGGUUACACACCAACGGAAUUAGACCAAGCAUUCAACACUUUAUCUUUGCAUCCUCCAGACAACACUUGGUACAUGGAUACCGGUGCUACAUGUAUUAUGACGCAUAACCCUACUAAUCUUACGUCUUGUUUUAAUAAGGUUAAUGCUCGAAACAUUAUCUUCGGUGAUGGCACUAAAAUUCCAAUACAUGCGAUUGGAAAUCAUACCUUACCCUCUCCCUUUCCUAAUUUCAAACUUAAAAACAUUCUUUAUGCACCUAAUCUGGUUAAAAAUCUUAUUUCGGUACGUCGUUUCACCACCUACAACAAUGUUUCCAUUGAGUUUGAUCCCUUUGGUUUUCAUGUGAAGGAUCUCCAAACACGGCUGCCACUUCUCCGAUGUGAUAGCACUGGUGACCUUUAUCCAUUGACGCUACCUUCCACUUCAACAGCUCAAGUUUUCACUUCUCCCGCCUCCACAUUUCUGGCAGUGUCUCAAGACACUUGGCAUAGACGUCUUGGGCACCCUUCUAAUAAUAUUUUGAGUUGUUUGAAACCUUGUUUAUCUAGUAUUUCCAGUAAUAUAACCAAGUCUCAUGUAUGUGAACCAUGUGUUUUUGGCAAGCAUAUUAAAUUUCCUUUUUCUAUGUCUACUACUUGCACUUAUUUACCAUUUGACAUUAUACAUAGCGAUUUGUGGACGUCCCCAGUUUUAUCUUCCAACGGACAUCGCUACUACCUUCUUUUCUUGGAUGACAAAACAAAUUUUUAUGGACUUAUGCUUUGUCAUCCAAAGCACAAGUAUUUUCUAAAUUCCAAGAGUUCCACAGACUCAUUUCUACCCAAUUUAAUGCUUCAAUUAAAUGCUUACAAUGUGAUAAUGGAAAAGAAUAUAACAAUACCUCUUUUCACAAUUAUUUUGCAACCCAUGACAUCACCUUUCGAUUCUCUUGCCCCUAUACUUCUUCUCAAAAUGGUAAAGCGGAAAGAAAAAUAUGCUCAAUUAAUAAUAUCAUGCGUACCAUUUUAUCACAAUCCUCAACCCCACAUAAUUUUUGGCAUCAUGCCCUUGAACAUGCAACCUAUUUGCUAAACAUCUUACCCACCAAAGUUUUAAAUCAUUCUACCCCAACUCUUUCUCUAUAUCAUCGCCAACCCACUUAUGAUCAUCUUCGUAUCUUCGGUUGUCUUUGUUAUCCAUUACUACCUUCGUCAAUGAUUCAUAAGUUGGCGGAUCGAUCCACUCCUUGUGUAUUUUCUCAAAAUGGUAAAGCGGAAAGAAAAAUAUGCUCAAUUAAUAAUAUCAUGCGUACCAUUUUAUCACAAUCCUCAACCCCACAUAAUUUUUGGCAUCAUGCCCUUGAACAUGCAACCUAUUUGCUAAACAUCUUACCCACCAAAGUUUUAAAUCAUUCUACCCCAACUCUUUCUCUAUAUCAUCGCCAACCCACUUAUGAUCAUCUUCGUAUCUUCGGUUGUCUUUGUUAUCCAUUAGUACCUUCGUCAAUGAUUCAUAAGUUGGCGGAUCGAUCCACUCCUUGUGUAUUUCUUGGCUAUCCAUCAAGUCACCGUGGAUAUAAAUGUUACAAUCUCAACUCCUCCAAAAUUUCUAUAU